AUGGCGGAUGAACGUGGAGCGAUUAAUAAAAGCGGACCAUCAUCAACUUAUGGAGCUACCGAAAAUAAUGGAGAGUCAGGAGGAACAAGAGGAGCACCAGCCACUGAAGAUGUAAUCGUUAUUCAAGACUCAGGAUGGUAUUUUAUUAAAUUUAGAUUCAAGGAACCUUUUGCAGAAUUUUUGGGAACCUUCAUCUUGGUUGCAUUCGGUGUAGGAGCUAUCGCUCAAACCGUACUUAGCAAAGGAGCAACUGGAAAUUGGAUCACUAUAGCUUUAGGUUUUGGUUUAGGUCUCACUUUGGGUAUUGCAGUUAGUGGACAUUAUUCUGGUGGACAUUUAAAUCCUGCCGUUACCAUCACCUUGGCUAUUUAUCGUAAAUUUCCUUGGGUUAAAGUUCCUAUUUAUAUCACGGCUCAAGUGCUUGGAGCUUUUGUUGCAGCAGCAGUUAUUUACCUUAAUUACGUACCUGCUAUUUAUAAUUUUGCUGGGGACAAAAGAGAUGUUAUAGGAGCCAAUGCAACGGCCGGUAUUUUUGCUACCUAUCCACAACCAUUCAUGUCAAUUGGUGGAGCAUUCUUUUCCGAAGCUCUUGGAACUUUCUUUUUAUUACUCGUUAUCCUUGCUGUGACUGAUGAACGGAAUGUUCCUACUACUAGGAUAGUUGCUCCUAUAACCAUUGGUCUAACUUUAACGGCCAUUGCUAUUUCACUUGGAUUUGAAACCGGAUUUAGUUUAAAUGGAGCUCGUGAUUUUGGACCUAGAUUAUUCACUUUCUUUAUUGGUUAUGGUGUAGAAGUUUUUACUGCUUAUAAGUUCUAUUUUUGGGUUCCUUUAGUUGCUCCUAUCGUUGGUGGAUUAGUUGCUGGUUUUGUUUAUGAUUCUUUACUUUAUUGGGGGGAAAAAUCCUUUCUAAAUAAAAACGUACAUCAUGAGCAUAGAGCAGUAGCCUAG